CAAGCAAGCACCAAGCAGACUUUUGAAUAUUUGCUAUCUUUCCUUUUUGGCCAUUUUCCGCCCUCAAAGUCCAACGGCCGCAACUCGAAUUUUGUGAUUGUCAAGAUGGCGAUCACCAAAGGAGAGGAUGUUUAUGCUAGUCUUCUCUUGAAUGACGCAUACCUUCCCGGUGCUCUGGUUCUUGCGCACUCGCUGCGUGAUUCCGGCACCCACAAGAAGCUCGCUAUCUUGAUCACCCCCGAAAAUAUCUCCAACGAGGUUGUGGAACAGCUCCAAACCGUUUACGACUAUGUCAUUCCCGUCGAAACCAUUCAAAAUGACCGACCGGCUAACCUGUUCCUCAUGAACCGCCCUGACCUGCACUCGGCCUUCACCAAGAUCAACCUUUGGAAGCAGACCCAGUUCCGCAAAAUCGUCUAUAUCGAUGCCGACGUUGUUGCUUACAGAGCUCCCGAUGAACUCUUCGACCUUCCCCACGCCUUCUCCGCCGCUCCCGAUAUCGGUUGGCCCGACCUGUUCAACACUGGUGUCAUGGUCUUGUCUCCCAACAUGGGUGAUUACUACGCCAUGUUGGCUAUGGCCGAGAGGGGAAUUUCUUUCGACGGUGCCGAUCAGGGUCUCUUGAACAUGCAUUUCAGGAACACCUAUAACCGCCUCAGCUUCACCUACAAUGUCACGCCCUCCGCCCACUACCAGUACAUCCCGGCCUACAAGCACUUUCAAUCGAGCAUCAAUUUGCUUCACUUCAUUGGCUCAGAGAAACCGUGGGUUCAGGGUCGCACCCAGACCACCGGGAGCAGCACCUACGACGAGAUGAUCGGUAGAUGGUGGGCUGUUUAUGAUCGCCACUACCGCGGCAACUCGAACAAGACUACCGACGUUGUCCAGAAGUUCGUAAAGGGUGAACAACAACAACAACAGCGCAGCGUUUCUUUCCAACUCCCUCCCAGCCAGAGCCAUAAGACGCAGAGCCACCAGACGCAGAGCCAGUAUACCCAUAGCACCUACACCAGUCACGGAGCAUCCUGGGAUGCUUCAAGACACUCUCCUCCGGCUGGCUCCAAGCCAGAGGCUGCCAACUUCCCACAGACGCACUAUACGAUGUCCUCCAACACUCAACAGUUCAUCCCACCUGCGCGGUAUCCCAGUCCGCCCAAGGAUAUGUGGUACAAGGUGCCCGAGGCGGCGCCCACUCAAAAGCCUGCCCCAAUCUUCCCCUGGGAGAAACAAGCACCCGAACCCACUAGGGUUUUCCCGGAACCACCUCCUGAGCAGGGAAAGCUCUCGGUUGCGUCAACUGCGACGCCGUCCGCUGCGGCGUCAGCUACAGCAUCGCCCACCCUUGAGCCGAAGAGCGAGGCUGUCACCCCAACAACCCCCGCAAGUGCUAACCCCUGGACCUCUUUCACAACUAGAGGAAAUGCGUGGGAUGAUGUACCCGAAAUCAACCGCUAUGUCGACGCUUUGCAGAAGCACCGCCGCUCCGGAAGCAAGGGCUCAGCAGCGGCCACGUCGAGACCGACCAGUCCUGGUCGCGCUCAGAGCAGAUCUAGGAAGAGCUCUAGGGUGACUGACUUCCCGACCGAGGAUGACCGUCCAAGUCUUCCUGUCACCCCCGCGCCCAUCCAAGGACCGAGAUCCUCGAGAGGUGAGAAUGAGCGGCAGUUCCCUGCUGCCGCCGGCGUACCAGCGCAAUCCGAAUGGAAUCCCGCAGUCCAGCUUGAGAAGCUGGCGAUACACCAGCAAGAAACGUUGCAGAAGCUCGGUGAGCGUCCUGCUUUUGGUGGAUUGGCAAUUGGGACAGCGGGUAAAGAGAUCCCGGCUCGCGCACUUCCCUUUGGGUCCGAAGAUGCAAGAUCGCCAACUUAUGUUACCCAGUACCCGUCGGUGCUUAGUCCGAAGCCCUUGAGAGCGAACACAACCGGAACGAACUCGACCCCGAGCCCGCUGCCGACGCAGCCAAGCGUGACCACCGCCCCACCGAGCUAUCAGGGACCAGGUGUGACUUUUGAGAAGGGGGAAGACUUCCCGACUCAUGAGACGCCUGCGCUUCCGACCGAGGAGGAGAGAGAUGUCCUUGAGACGUAAUCAACGACAUCAUCCUACAAUCAGGUACAAACCACGCAUCGUUGGCUUGACUGCUGAUAAUCGAAACUCAGUGUACAACUUCCAUGGGGGUGUAUUCUUACCGGUGUACAAAAGCUCAAAACUGGCGGAUAUCAAAAGGACUUCUGUAAUGGGGUGGUACUGGAACUGGAAAGGCGUGGCGAUUCUCUUUUUAGUUGACACUGGCUGUGUGAAAUGGGGGAUCAACCUGAAUGUGUGCAUCGAAGGAAGGCUUCUGCUGGUCAAUGCUGGACACAAAGGAACCCGGUGAAUGAAGUUAUGCUUGAAAGGGUUCAAAGUUUGGGAACAGCGACUUUUGGGCUUGGUUGCGGCAUUCUGUUUCCUUAUACCUCUCUGUUUUUAUGCUCAUGAUCAAAUGAUAGACUUGUGCUUCCUUUUCAGCCCACUUUUAACAGGAUCUAUGUGUACUCAUCAAUGUCUUAGAUUCCAACAAGUCCGACUAAGUCGAUCCACGCUGUUCAUUGCUGCCAUGCUUGUGCGAUAUUCCUUCCCUCGGCGAACCUAACUGUUGUGCCUCAGCGUGGCUGGCUUGCUGGAUAUGAGUGGGGCGAACAUCAGGGGUAAGUAAACAAACCAACUGUGAUGCCAAGAAUGAACGACCAUACUUGUCUUCACCGUUGGCUUCAACCCCCUACAAACACCCAAUGACUUCUGUUUCCCGUUUCAAGAUCACUCGUUCUGCCUCCGAAUUAUCACCUUGCUUCUCCCUAAAACAACAUUCUAGCUAUCCAGCCGCACCACAAAGAGCCGACACUGCCUUACUGCACACUCCCAUACCCUUGCUUGCACUGCUUGCCCAGCGCCGUGCUCCCACUGCGCAUAUAGCAGAUUUUUGCGUUCGUGCAUUCUUCCGUCUCACAUUUCUUACUCUUGGCGCUACUUUUCCCCUGAUACUGCGUAAACAGCUCAGCAAGCGUCCUGUUCCGCUCCAUCGCCUCCGUCACCCCAUGCCAGAACGUGGCAUUAAGCGGUGCGUCGCUCGGCCAGUUGACCGCCGGCCCAUAGGUAGCACGAGUUGAGUACUCUAGUUUGAAGACCGGUCCUUCUCCUUGUCCUCCGUCUCCUUCUCCGUCAACGGAUGAUGAAAGAUUGGUAUAACUCCCAACAUCACUGUAGAACGUAAAGGCCUCCAUAACCUCCCAACUGCCCGUGUCCACCUCAUACAUCCUAUACCCGCUAUUCAAGUUCUGCAGCGGUGUCAAACUGGGGCCGACCCAACCCGUCACCAGCGCUUCUUCUCUAGUUUGCGCCGUGCCGUUGUUACGGUAGUAUAUCGUGGCCUGGUCCUCAUGCGAGUGCCCAAAGAAAACAUUCGCAAUCACAUGCGGCGAGU